CGAAGCUUGAAUCAUCCCUUGUCCCACGGCGACUACUUAAUCGAUGUCCACGGCUUUACCAAUCCGCUCCGUUUGUCCUUUUUAUCAAUCUAUCAAUCUUUGAGCGAACGCCCCUGCCGACGAUAUGCCUAAAAUCAACUUCCGAUUCAAAAAUCUGUUCUCGAGUGCAAAGAUGUCUCGAGAUUCAACUCGGCAUGAUGCCCAAAAGGUAGCCUCGUUCCUUCACGAGGACGAGGCGGUGACGUGGGAGCACUGGGAAUAUGCCCCUCCCAGAGUUCGAGGCUGCUCGUCUCAGCUGCCAGCGGGAAAGCUGGAGUACUCAGAGCUUGCAGAGUCGGUUACAGACUGUUUUUCGUUGGAUUGUCCUUAUUCAUACCACAUUGAAGAUAUCCGCUCCCCGUCUCCUAUUCGCCCUGUGCCAUCUCUCAACACUUCAUUUGACAUUGAGUCUGCCAUGCCCAAGCCAAUGGUUUCACAGUCCUCCUCGCCAUCCGCUGACUCAACAUACGAUUCUUGGAGCAACGCAGACGAGGUCCCAACCCGGCCAACAAGCGCUGUUCUUCUACAGGACUUCCCGCCUUUGUUUAGGUGUCGUGAUUACCCGGCAAUGGGCUUUAUCGAAGAUGUUGUGAUAUUGGAUUUGAACGAUGAUUAUUCCUCAAAUUGCUGCUAUUCGAGUACAAACACCAGCAAAGACAGCCUCGCAGAUUCGGUCAGCCCGAAAUCCCAUCCAUGCAAGGAGUGUCUUGGAUGCAAGGAUGAGCAAAGUUGGUCUACUAUUUUCUGCAGAAGCAGUGCAUCGGCGCCGUUGAUCCGGCAUUCGGAACAGAAUGGUUGGGUCUGAUUGGAUGGUGCGAGGUAUCUGAACCCACACACCGAGGAUCCUCACAUAUCCAGUCCGAACUCCCGCCUGCAUUGUACACUUUAGCCUACGGGGAAUAUGAUUUCUUUAGGCUGUAAUGUCUUAUUCCCGUUUAUUUACUUGUCUAGUGUUUCGUAUGGACGCUCUGCUUGAGGCGUAAUACGGGCAAGAUGACGUCGCUGGCCGUCGUUCCAGUCAUACAGCGCCGAAUGGGCGGUUACACG